AUGGCCGCAACAAAUCUCCCCGCAUUCCUUCAGGAAUCCAUCAAGUCCACCAAGGUUGAUUAUCGAAAAUUGGGUCGUAGCGGCUUGAAAGUUUCCGUCCCAAUCCUUGGAGCUAUGAGUUUCGGCUCGACCUCAUGGGCUCCAUGGGUGAUCGAGGAAGACAAGUGGGAUACGGCCAAUGUGUAUUCAAAUGGCAUCUCAGAAGAAAUUAUCGCCAAAGCCAUUGAAAAGUACAGCAUUCCCCGCGAAAAACUGGUGAUCAUGACCAAAUGCUGGGCCGUUGUCAGCGAGCACGACAAUGUUAUGGCAUUUGGACAAAACAAGGUGUAUGCUCGUAGCAAAGAUUAUGUCAAUCAACUUGGGCUCUCGCGCCAGGCAAUUUUCUCUGCAGCGAACGCCUCUUUGAAGAGGCUCAAGACGGAUUAUAUCGAUCUGCUCCAGAUUCAUCGAUUCGACGAUGAAACUCCUAUUGAAGAGACCAUGGAGGCACUCCACGAUUUGGUGAAAUCAGGAAAGGUCCGAUACAUUGGGGCAAGCUCGAUGUGCACAUAUCAAUUUGCGAUGAUGCAAUUCUGUGCGGAGAAGCGCGGCUGGACCAAAUUCAUUUCCAUGCAAAACAAGUACAAUCUCCUAUACCGAGAAGAAGAGCGGGAAAUGAACAGAUUCUGCAGGGAAACAGGUGUAGGACUCAUUCCGUGGUCUCCGCUGGAACGAGGUUUCCUUGCCCGCCCGCCUUCCGUCGAACCUGUCACGCCUCGAGCUGAGUUGUACCUAAAGACUAACAAUCUUACCGAGGAGGACCUUGAAAUUAUCCGCAGAGUGGAAGAGAUCUCCAAGAAGAAAGGGAGGAAAAUGAGUGAGAUCGCUAUAGCUUGGAUUAAGAGUAGGGUCACCAGUCCUAUCAUCGGAUUCAGCUCUAUUGAACGGAUUGAUGAGGCUUUAACAGCAAGAGAAGUGAGUUUGACAGAGGAGGAAGAGAAAUAUUUGGAAGAGCCGUACAGGCCCAAAAAGGUAGUCGGUCAUUCUUAG